AUGCCGUCGUUCAGUCAAAACAUGGCCCCCGUCGGACUUCCGCAGCCUCAGAGCAUGUCGAGCUUCAUGGGAAAACCCUACAGUGGAGCAUAUUUCUCUUUUCGACCGCCGGGGAAAGACAUGGCAGCAUUCCCUGCCCCCUGGAGCAGCACAGAGAGCCCUGUUGUAGAAAGACAAAGCCCCAUGAGUCACAUCUCCGGCUCGGACAGAAAACACAUUUACAGCAAAGACGGACGAUCAGAUGAGGGCCUUCCUGGAGACGUAGCAGCGUCUGUGUCAAAACAAGGCUUUACACGAUACACUAAGAGCCCAGAGCAUUGCAAGCCUCAGAAUACUGCCUCAGUGAUUGUGAGGAAGGGGCAUACAGGAGGUGAAGGUGACUCCUCUGACAGGGCUGUGUAUCUUGGGGUCUCUCAUGCAGUUUACAGACGCAGCCCUUGCACUGAUCUGUGCUGUGGGAUGGGGCUUGGAUCUCCUCCUCAUCUCCAUAAAAAGACUGUGUAUAAUCACAGCUGGAAACAUGGGGAGUCUGACCCUCUGCCUCAGCACAGACAGGGACCCGCUGAGGCCGUGAGGGUGUCUAUGUUCAGCCCUCAACAUAAUCUGACUUAUUCCAGUGCGAUGGAUCGAGCCUACAGCCCCAGCAACGUGAACGCUUACCCCAGCUUCUACCCCUCCCACUCUGCAUAUGAGCCUCUGAUUUAUCACAACACUUCUCCUAUUUCCAAAUAUGGACAAACGGUACAGCACCCUGCUUUUUACUAUCCCCAAGCCAGCGGAGACUUGGAGACGGCUUCAGAAAGCAAAGAUUCUGGUUCUAUGCACAAAGCAAAGAUACCAGUCUUUUUAAAACACCCCGUCCAACCUGCAGGGGACCAUUAUGUCUCCCUCCCUAUAAGAGACCCCAUGUCAAAUGUGAACUUUCUACAAGGAUUUGAAUACCCAGGUUUUAUGGCUCCCAGGUUAAACGUGAAUACUAGUCCCAUUCACGGACAUAGACAUCCACACGCAGUGCACAGAGAUUUCACUAGCCACAAACAUGUGCAUCACCCGGUUGGUUAUAGAGACAUUUCUGAAGAGCAUUCCUCUAAAACCGUGUGUCGGGAGCAAACCAGUCCUGCCCCAUGCGCUCGGAACUCCACGGCAGGAGGCUCUAGAGCACAUUCACUCUAUGCAUUCAGCCCACCGAGAACCAGUGCGUACAUGGAGCCACGGGGGGAAAGACUCCAUAUGGUCCCUCCAGCCAUAUAUGCGCCCAAUCACUUAAACGUGGGUGUAGAAUCCUCCAAACGCUCUGGUUAUCAUGUUCUGCUGCACACAAAACACCCUCACGUCUCGCCCCCACACCCCGCCUCAAGUAUUUCACACUCGUCGAAUGUGCAGAAGAUUCUCUACUGUCCUCCUCGGGGUCAAACCUUGUCGCACACAUCGCCUACCUACGGACACAGAGGGCCCCUGAAGAGACCCCUGUCUGCCUCGUCCCCCGUCAAAACGCAUGAUGACGACGAUGUGUUUGUGGUAGAAAGUCUCCAUAAACGCAGAAGGAGUGAACAGGGAAACGCAGGAGUUAAAAGCACAGAUGUGUCUCCUCCUCUGCCUGUUAUUAAUAAUGUCUUCAGCUUGGCUCCUUACCGAACGCACCUCCAGAUGUCGAGGUUGCAUUUAAGCACACUACAGUCCAGACUUGUGCAGUAUAGCUCAGAGCGUCGAGCUGAACAGUCAGAUGAAGAUGUGAAACUACAGUUUGAGUCAAAAGAUGUGUUAAGAAUCCCAGCGGUGGAAGAAAAUGUGAAGGAUAGAAAGCCACUACCUGGACGCACAGAACCUGCUAGUUUUAGUAAAGAUAGAGGGGUAGAUUCUCCUAAAGCUAUGGUUAUUAAGACAGAGACUUUUGAGCAAACACUGGGAGUUUGCAGCAAUAUUGAACCAACAAUGUCUAGAGUAGCAGUACAGGUCAAACAAGAACGUCUAGAAGAUCCAGAACACACAUGUGCAGCGGAGACCAAGUCUGUUUCUGGGAAUCCUCUGAAAGUUGAGACAAAUCCGGGGAAUAGUGCAACAAAACAAUGCAAACAUGAUGAAGAAAUGGACCAAAGAAGCUGCUCGGUGGUUUCAGAGUUUCCUGAGCUGCUUAAAAUCAUUAAGAAAGAACCAGAGGAGAUCGAUCUGUUGGAUAUUAGGCGUUUAGAAGUUAAGCCCAAGUUGAAUGAGGAUGAGAAUAGGCGUCCUGUCGGUGAGUGUGGCCAGAAAUCAUUGGGGAGUGACGGUACUCCCACACACGGCCCUGCUCCUCCACUUCCUGAGGUUCGACCCAACUUCCUCAACAUUCCUCCCCAGUGCCUGAAGCUCUCCACCUACAACAUCAUCUGCCCCAACACCAACCUCCCCCGCUCCGUCCAGAAGGCCCCCAAGUCCCCAGAACCCACUCAAGCAAUGCCAGACUCCUCCUUACAGAUGCCAGACCCCUCCUCCCAGCUUCCCGACCCCUCCUUCCAGAUGCCCGUACGCAAACACUUCUUCGAACUUCAUCAGUCUCUGGUGAAGCUAAUCUCCAAAUCUGUUGCUGCUACGUCCGAGGACACUCUCCGGGCCUGGCUGUCCAAGAUGCAGCUAAGCCACGUGGCGUCCGGGAAAACCCAGAGAGUGAGAUGUUUGCUGGGGGCAGAGGGCAGAGCGGCGUGCCUGAACGAGGAGAUGAUGGAGUCGCUGCAGCAGGUCUAUCAGCGGAUGAACGAGUACAGCCAGGAGUGCUGCCCCUUCCCGUUCGUGAUGAGGACCGGCGACGUGUUCCUGCCCAUCCUGGUGGUGAAGGAGGUGCUGUUCUCCUCGGUGCAGGGCAGUCUGAUCGACCAGGUUCUGCAGGAGCACAAGGUGGAGCUGAGGCCCACCACGCUGUCCGAGGAGAAGGCCCUGAUCGCCAUGCACAAGCGCGCCUGCUCCUCCCGCCUCCGGAGACUCAUGUCCUACAAGCAUUUCCCCACCGUGUACGCCGACGUGGUCAACCUGCUCUACUACACCUGCGUCUGCAAACAGCUCGAGUCAGCUCCAUGUGAAGUACAAAGCCGAGUCCAGGAUUAG